GAGGGUGGUAGAUGGGAGUGAAGGGGUAGAAGUGUAAGGUGCUGUGUGUUCUCCAUACGCUGACAGAGGCUGAGUCAGUGAGCCACUGUGCCCGCUCUGAAGGCUCUACUCCUGGGAGAGACAGACCCUCCAGCCCCCCGAGCCUGGAGACCACCACCCACCCUCCGAACGGAGAAGGAGGAAGCGACAAGAGAGGAGAAAAGAAAGCCUUUGGGUGGUAGGUUGUCCCAGUCAACCGUUGUUCAGUGAUGACAUCAGGAUCAUGUGACCGGGUCUAUCCAGUGACUGCAGGAGGAAGGAGACAAAGUUUAAAGCUGGUGUCUGUCUGUCGGGUAGUGUGAGUGAGGCUCCGCUCUCCUCGCCUCCCAGGAACCACACAAAAACGCUCAGCCCUCUGGGUAACAGACAGACCUCUGGAGUGUAAAUGGUUAAUGUGAUCGGGUCAUCACCAGUCGCAGGCGCUACGCAGAGCAGCGCUACCUUAGCCAGUAGGGACGUUCCAACUCGUCCACGCUCACCCUGCUAGAGCCUUCCACACCCCUACCAGACCUUCUGUUAAUUCCAACCCGUCCAGACCUUGUCUUUUUCAUGUGGUCGUCUGAAUUACUGAUACCAGAAAGAGUUUCUUGUGAAUGGUUUUGUUCUUUUCUCCGUGGUACGUGCUCUUGGUUUAGGAUCUAGAGGCCAUUUGGUCAGGGGCCAAGGGUCAGGCUAACCACAGUGGAACCACAAGGCUGGAUUUCACAGCAACCAGUAGGGCUCAUGGCAUCGAACAGUCUAUUCAGUACAGUUACACCAUGGCAACAGAACUUCUGGGAUCCCAGCGCCACGCGGAGGUUUAGCCCACCGUCCAGUAGCCUCCAGCCGGUCCCGGCUAAGAUGAACGAGCUCAACACGCCGUCCGGGACCGGGCAGGACAGCACGGUGCCAAGGCUGCGCCUGCAGGAGAACCGGAGCAUGGCGGAGAUCAUAGCGGACCACCCGGCCGAGCUUGUCCGGACUGACAGCCCGAACUUCCUCUGCUCUGUCCUGCCUUCUCACUGGCGCUGCAACAAGACGCUGCCCGUCGCCUUCAAAGUUGUGGCGUUGGGAGAGGUGACUGAUGGGACGGUCGUCACGGUGAUGGCAGGGAACGAUGAGAACUACUCAGCGGAGCUGCGGAACGCAUCUGGGGUGCUGAAGAACCAGGUGGCUCGCUUCAACGACCUGCGCUUCGUAGGCCGCAGCGGACGGGGAAAGAGCUUCACGCUGACCAUCACCGUGUUCACCAACCCUCCUCAAGUAGCAACGUACCAUCGAGCCAUUAAAGUCACCGUGGAUGGACCCCGUGAACCACGGAGACAUCGUCAGAAGCUAGAGGAAUCUCCUAAGACAGCGCUGUUCUCAGACCGUCUCAGUGAGCUGGAGAGGAUCAGACAGACAACCAUGAGGGUUGCCAUGCCGACACAACCCCAACGACAGCCACUCAACGCCGGACACAACUCCUUCAACCACCAGGGACAGACACAGAUACCAGACCCUCGCCAGUCUCAGUCAUCUCCUUCCUGGUCCUAUGAGCAGCCCUACCCGUCCUACCUGAGUCCUAUGACCUCCCCGUCUGUCCACUCCACCACGCCCCUCUCCUCCAGCCGAGCCACCGGCCUGCCUAACAUCACUGACCUGCCCCGUCGCCUGCCAGGUUCGUCAGAUCUCAGUCCGUUCCCAGGUCAGUUUGAGCGUCAGUUCCCGGGUCUCUCCUCUCUGACAGAGUCUGGUUUCUCCAGUCCCAGAAUGCACUACCCCACCACUUUUACCUACACCCCUCCUGUCACCUCCGCCAUGUCGCUAGGCUCCGCCCACUACCACACCUACCUGCCCCCUCCCUACCCUGGUUCCACCCAGAGUCAGAGUGGACCCUUCCCGACCAGCAGCGCUCCCUAUCUCUACUAUGGAGCAUCCUCUGGGUCGUACCAGUUCUCCAUGGUUCCCGGGGGGGACCGCUCCCCCUCCAGAAUGGUUCCUCCCUGCACCAGCGCCUCCACCGGCAGCUCCCUGGUUAACCCUAACCUGCCCAGCCAGGCAGAUGGGGGGGUGGAGGGGGAUGGGAGCCACAGCAACUCCCCAACCGUUCUCAACCCUGCUGGGGGACGCAUGGAUGAAGCUGUCUGGAGACCUUACUAAGGAGAAAAGGGGGAGGGAAGGAGGAAGAAGAGGAUGGAGAGGAGGAUGAAGAGGAGGAGGAGGAGGAGAGGUGGAUGAAGAGGAGGGGAGGAGGAGGAUGAGGAGAGGAGAAGAAGGCAACGUAAACUAUUGUCAUGGUUUUAAAGCACAAAACCUUUCAAAUGAAUUUUUGACAUCUGAUUAAAAAGCAGCAAUUCUCCAGUAUCAUCCACAAUUUACGGGACAACGCUUCAGGCUAUUUGUAGCAGACAGCUUGUUUUGUGUAGUAUUUGUAUUUGUAUAAGGCUUUUAGCUGAGUAUGUUGUUGUACUAGGACACUACAGCAGGACAAUACAGCAGGACUAUACAACAGGACAAUACAGCAGGACAAUACAGCAGGACAAUACAGCAGGACAA